GGGUGAACGUGAUCCAAAGCGGUUCUCCCGGCUCCAAGCCGACCGUACUGAUUAGGGGUAUCCCCUCUUUCUCCGGCACUGACCCCGUGGUGAUCAUUGAUGGGGUUCCCCAAACACUGACCGAUUUCAAUUCCAUCAGUGCAGCAGAUAUAGAAUCAAUCAAUGUAUUGAAAGACGCGGCAACGACAGCUAUAUAUGGAGUGAAAGGUGGUAAUGGCGUGAUCGUCGUUACAACCAAGUCCGGACGUAAGAACCAGCGCCCAGAAAUUAGUGUCAACAGCAACUACGGUAUACAGGAAGUAAUGAAUACCAUUGGGGUAUUGAAUGCUACCGAAUACGCAGCCAUUAUUAAUGAAGGAAGCACGGUUGCCGGUGGUAAUGUCAUAUUCCCCGAUAUAUCGAAACUGGGUGUUGGUACAGAUUGGCAAAAAGAGAUUUUUGAAAAGGCACCACUCCAGUCACACAGUAUUUCAGCCCGUGGCGGAAGCGAUCGCAUGUCUUACUUCCUUUCUGCCGGCUAUCUCAGCCAGAGUGGUAUUGUGGGUGGAUAUGACAAAUCGAGGUACAAUCGUGGUACAUUCACCGCCAACCUGAACUUUGAUCUUACCUCCCGUUUAAAAUUCAUUUUGAAUACUACGGGUGUAAUGCUGAAUGGACGAGGUGUACAGGAAAACUCAUUUAACAGCAUUAUCGGAAGCGCUUUAAACUUUGACCCGACUGUUCCAGUUUACAACACUGUAGCAGGUACACCGGGUCAGUAUGGUUUCAGUAACCUGUUGUUGUCUGAAAUAUUCAACCCGCUUACCAAGCUUGAAAACACAUACAAUAAAAAUGUAGGUACAAAACUUUAUGGAAAGUUCGAGUUGCAGUAUGAUGUACUGAAAGAUCUUAAAGUGACUUCCCGCUUUGGCUAUACGAAGUACGAUAAUAAUUCCCGCAGCUUCUCGCCGUUGGUAUUUUAUGGAACGAACAACGUUGAAAAUUCAAUGAAUGCUGAUGGCUCUGCUGUGGCUGGAAAACACAACAGCGUAUCACACGACAAGAACAGCAACUUCAACUAUACCUGGGAAACGUUUGCUAACUACAACUUCAAAGUAGCUAACGAUCAUCAUUUCGAAACGAAGAAAGUUAAUGGUCUUCUCUUCACACCUUCCGCUUCACUUUACCUCGGCACUGUACCGAUCCCGACAGCGAAUAUCGGCUCAACGAAAAGCAGUGGUAUCGAUGUGAUGCUUAGUUAUAACGAAAAAAUCGGGCGUGAUUUCAAAUUGAAUACAUCGGUUACAUUCACCACGUCAACCAACGAAGUAACGGCAACAAACAGUGAUGGUACAGCCAAGAUUUUUGGUGGUGGCUAUUUCAACGGUCAAUCACAAACAGUCACCGUAUUUGAAAAAGGCUUUGCCCCAGGCUAUUUUUAUGGAUAUAAGACCGAUGGCUUGUUCCAAAAUACUGAUGAGAUCAGUAAAGCCGCAGUACAGGAUGGCGCACAACCGGGUGAUAUCCGCUUUGUGGAUGUAAAUAAAGAUGGAGUGAUAUCAGCACUCGACAAAACAAAGAUCGGUGAUCCAUUCCCUGACUUUACCAUGGGAUGGAACCUGAACCUUGAAUACAAGAAUUUUGACUUCAAUGCUUUCGCUUAUGCGUCCGUAGGCAAUGAUAUCUACAGCGCUUAUGAAAGGAAUGCGAACUAUUCGAAUAAGUUCCGCGGCGUAUUGGGAAGAUGGACAGGCCCGGGCACAACAAACGAUGCAACUCAUCCCC